GCCGCAACUGGUGACUGCGGUGACUUCGUGGUGGUGUCCGUGCACCGCCCGCCGCCGCUGUGAAGGCGCAAGGAAGCGAUGCAGUCAAAGUGCAACGAAAUGCAUACCGUGAGGUGAUCCUGAACGGAACCCGAUUUUGCUGCUGCUGCUGUGUGAGAGCGGUGGUGUGUGAGUGCAGUGCGUCGGUGCCUUUUUUAACGCCAGCAAGGAGCGAAGAGCCAAGUGAUAAAGAAUACGCAAAAUUGGGAACCGUCCCGUGAGUGUGCUUGUGUGUGUGCGUGUGUGUCUUGUGCAAGGCUACAAGGCCGACACAGUGCAAGGAAAAAGGAGUCAAGCAGGAUCAGGCCUGGAGCACCGGGCUGCGAUCGUCUUUCGCUCGGCUCACCCAAACCGGUCCAAAGUCCGGCGGCCCAUUUGGCGGUGGCCAACAUCGAUCAGCAUCAGCGGAGGGUUAUUUGGUGCUCUGCGAACGUUGCGUAACCUCAACAAAAAAAGUCGAAAAUCCAUCAAUGUAAUCAAAAUGGAGCUUCCCGCGAUCGUUGGCACCAUCGUAUGCGUUUUGACAAUAGCAACUUUCACACAUGGCGCGCAGAUUCCAUCCAUGAAGCGCUCGGCGAUGAUCUUCAGCAAGGAACCGACCGUGCGGAUACAAUGCCUGUCCGGCUCGAUGCUGAUCACGCUCAAGGAUGUACCGACCAACCUGAACGGCCAGUUCAGCGGGAUGGUGUAUCCGAAGGGGCUGCCGAAGAACUCGAGCUGUCUCACCGAGUACCACCAGCAGGAGGGACCGCUGCGCUACAAGCUGCCACUGAAGAGCUGCGAUACGAUGCCGGUCGAGAUGGAUGACGGUGGCAUCGAGUUCUUCAACACGAUCGUGCUGCAGCCCCACCUGAAGCUGGUCACUGAUCUUGGCCGAGGCUACCACGUGCGCUGCCGGUACAAGAGCCGACGGGCGGCCUUGAAGAAUGUGUCGGUGCUCCACAAGUCGGCCGGCGUUGCGUCGGAGGCGUCCGCCGACAGCCGGCCACAGGCACUGACCAGCGCCGAAGGAGGCGGCACCGGCGGUGGCGGUGAUCGGCGGGAGCACGGCCGCUCGAUGGACAGCAAGGACCCGGAGCCGGUGGCGCCGAUCGGCGGCGGCGACGGCGACGGCGACGAGCAGGCGGACGAAAAACCGAUGCCGGGCUGCCAUAUGAAGAUCUUCACCGCUGGCGAGAAGCUGGCCGAGAACGUCAAGAUUGGCGAUCCGCUCACGCUCGUCAUCAACAUCGACCGGCAGGAGGAGUACGGACUGCACGUCACCGACUGCCUGGUGCGGGAUGGACUCGGCUGGGGCGAGCAGAAGCUGAUCAACGAGCAGGGCUGCCCGUUGGACAGCGAAAUCUUGGGCCCGUUCGAGUACACGUCGGACCGGAGCAAGGCCACGGUCACCUUCCCGGCCCACAAGUUCCCGUACACGUCAUCGGUUUACUACCAGUGCAACGUGAAGUUGUGCGAGCUGCAGGACGCCAACUGUCACAAGACACCGACCUGCUCGGGCGCCAAACGCACGAAACGGCAAACGGACGAGGAAGGACAACCGGCUACGAUUGAGGUCUUCUCCGGACUGCACGUGAACGAGAACGCUGAGGUGCUCGGUGAUGACGCGGAUUCGGUGUUUAAGGAACGGACACCGGACGACGCCAUCUGUGUGUCCCAGCGGAGCUUCGCCGUUGCCAUAGCCAUUGCCGGCCUGUGCCUGAUGCUGGCCGUAGUCCUCGCGGUGAUGUGUAUCGUCGCUCGCCGCAGCAGCAAGUCCGUGUCCAACUCGGGCAGCUCCAUCUACAGUGGCCCCUACACGAACACUGCCUUCUCGCAUAGUAGUUAAUGUCCCCGCUCCGCUACGCGGGUGGAGUAGUGCUACGUUCAACGAAACGAACAACCCUCCGGCCGACCAGCGAACCGUCCGUCCGCAGAUACUGUGAUGCCUUUUUUGGGUACGACGAACGACGAACCUUCCGACCACGAACGCAACUAGUACUACAAACCUCUCCAAGUCCAAGGACGGCCAAGGCCACACCGUCGGAGUAUCACGCCACGCGUAUAGUUAGAAUUAGAACCACAUAGUUCAGGUAUUACCGAAGCAAUCUUGAUCAGUAUACUCCUCCGGCAGAUUGCUUUGCUAAUAUCGCAGAGGUGCCCUGACCGGGGCCUCUGGAAAGCGUAACUAACUCCUCGUUUAACUAGCAUUUAGCACUAGCAACCCCUCAACUAUCUCAUUUGUUACUCUAGCACGGUCUAUCGAUCGCGGUCGGUCUCCUCCUCGGACCGAUCCGACGAACACACGCUCACUUUCCCGAUCUAAGUCAGGUGGCGGGUACUUAAUGCUGAUAGCCUUUCGAACGUAGUUUCCUUCCUAUCUCAGUCUACGCAGUAAGAUGUAGAUGUACGCGACGGAUCCAUCGCUACCGUCCCCGACGCCUAGUGACACGCUGGACGCCGCAGAGAACCGCAUUAUGAUUGAGACAUUUCGAGCCUCCCUACCGUUUUCGCGAUCUAUUAUUUUUUGUGCUCUCCCCCAAAAGAAAACUGCCCACUUUGAGAUGUACUGUAAAAAGUAUCCUUAAUUUUAAUCUCUUUCAUAUUUAUUAAACAACGUACCACUUCCCGAACCUGUUGGAAAUGUUCUUUCGUACUGCGGUUCAGUGGCUGCCGUCGGGGAUGGGCGAUAAUAGAGUAAAAGACGGGGCGGCAAGGGAUCGGCACACACACUACACCCUAGCUGUAGGCCGGGCCGUCUGGUGGUUUAACAGAAUUUUAAUCGUUUAGCAAUCGAACAGAACAGAGAUGAAUGUUUGUGCGAAAAAUCAUCACCCACUGUGUAACGAACAAACGUACUGAAUGAACUAGUGAGCACAGAAGUUAGAGACUAGUGUUAAAAUAAAUGUGAAUAU